AUGACACAGAUGGCUCUGGUUAAACUUAGUGAACCCUACAAGGAAAGUAGUCAAGGCCAGGGCUUCAGAUCUGUUGACAUUGUAGACAUCAAGGGAAUGGGUACUGUUCAAAAAGGAAUGCCCCACAAGUGUUACCACAGCAAAACCGGAAGAAUCUACAAUGUCACCCAGCAUGCCGUGGGCAUCAUUAUAAACAAACAAGUUAAGGGCAAGAUUCUGGCCAAGAGGAUCAACGUGCGGAUUGAGCACAUCAAGCACUCGAAGAACAGAGACAGCUUCCUGAAGUGGGUGAAGGAGAAUGACCAGAAGAAGAAGGAGGCCAAGGAGAAGGGCACCUGGGUUCAGCUGAAGCGCCAGCCUGCACCACCCAGAGAAGCACACUUUGUGAGGACAAACGGGAAAGAGCCCGAGCUGCUGGAGCCCAUUCCAUACGAGUUCAUGGCCUAGUGUGCAAAAGAGAAAUAAAGGACCCGACUGCAGAGCUUUUCCUUA